AUGACCUCAAUUUCCGUGAAGCUCUUCACGAAGAAGUCCGACAAUGUACAACUCACCACUGGCGGCUUAUACUCAAUGAGAUGCAAACUGAUCGCUACCAACGACCUGUGUGAUGAUCAUUUGCACUUCAACAGUGCCACCCGCAUCAUUGAGCCUUCCGUACCUGGUGUCACUGAUAGUGUAGUGGAAAGCCCCGUCAACAGAGUCCAGAUCACGGCAAUCGGUACUAUUAUUGAAAAGGGAUCCUACAGUGGUGCUGUGGUGUGGUUCACUAAACAUAGAUUGCUACGGCCCCCAACCAUGGAGUGUGCUAAGAAUCUGUGGAGAGUCGGAACCGAUGUCCACUUAUCUGGUGUGGUAGUUGGGUAUGACACCGAGGCUGCGACCUGGAUCAGUGAUAUUUCUUUGAUGCAGUUGCUUGGUGGUGACGCACCUGCGGUGCCCGUCCCUGCAAAUGUGGGAAGACGCCAACCAAGCGUGAGGGGACUUCCUACGAGACAUUUCAGCGGUCGUCGUGGGUGUAGGUUCAUGGGCGGUUAUAAUGGGGGAGGCUUGCGUAAAGGAGCCUUGCGCCAAGCGCGUAUUCUUAGGGAGGCUAGGGUGCCGAGCGUGUCUACGGUUACUCAACACAAAUAUGCUCAUACUCAGAGCGGUAGCGUGUAG